AGCUUCGAUGUCUCUUCAUUCUCACCGAUACCAAACCCUAGUGAACCAUAGCGCCGCUCUCAUCUGUUCUCUUAUCAAGCCUAGCUCUGUUCACAUCAACAACCCUUUAAUCUUCGCCGUCCGUCUUCAACCCUUCAACCCAUUACCUUGUUCACAUACUGACUGAAGUUCUGCUAUCAGACCUAAUGAUUUGUUCUUACUAACCAUGGGUAAAGAUUAUUUAAGUUAGGUCUUCGGAUGGCUACUGAAGAUUAGGUUCUUGACUUAAGCAUUUAACUUGGACCUGAUGGAGCAGUAUGAGAAAGUUGAAAAGAUUGGUGAAGGAACGUAUGGAGUGGUAUACAAGGCUCGCGAUCGUACAACCAAUGAGACUAUAGCUCUGAAGAAAAUACGUUUGGAACAAGAAGAUGAAGGUGUUCCUAGCACUGCAAUUCGAGAAAUUUCCCUCUUAAAAGAGAUGCAGCAUGGCAACAUUGUAAGGUUACAGGAUGUAGUUCACAGUGAGAAGCGCCUGUAUUUGGUAUUUGAGUAUCUAGACUUGGAUUUGAAGAAGCACAUGGAUUCUUGUCCUGAAUUUGCUAAGAAUCCUCGUUUGAUAAAAACAUUCCUUCAUCAAAUACUCCGUGGCAUAGCUUACUGCCAUUCUCAUAGGGUUCUUCAUAGAGAUUUGAAACCACAAAAUCUGCUUAUAGAUCGCCGUACAAAUGCAUUGAAGCUUGCAGAUUUUGGACUGGCCAGAGCAUUUGGUAUACCAGUUAGGACAUUUACACAUGAGGUGGUAACCCUGUGGUAUAGAGCACCAGAAAUACUGCUUGGAUCUCGACAUUACUCAACUCCUGUUGACGUGUGGUCAGUGGGAUGUAUAUUUGCCGAGAUGGUGAAUCAGCGGCCAUUAUUUCCUGGGGACUCUGAGAUUGAUGAACUAUUCAAGAUUUUCAGAGUCUUGGGAACUCCAAAUGAGGACUCAUGGCCUGGGGUGACUUCUUUGCCUGACUUCAAGUCUGCGUUCCCUAAGUGGCCACCUAAGGACUUGGCAACUGUAGUUCCAACUCUUGAUUCUGCUGGCAUUGACCUUCUUUCCAAAAUGCUAUGUUUGGAUCCCAGCAAAAGAAUUACAGCCAGGAGCGCUCUUGAGCAUGAAUACUUCAGGGACAUCGGUUUUGUACCCUAAUUUCACUUCUCAUCAAGAAUAUAUAUAGAUAUAUAUCAUUGUAUAGCACUUUGGUUGAUUUUGAUUGUGCGCAAAGCAGGCUUGUUCCCUCCCUGUUAUUUGCUCUUCGAUUUUAUUGGCUUUGAACUGAUUCGUUUUGUUGGAAUUGUGUAGCAUCUAUUGUUUUAGAGAGAUACAAAGGAAGUACAGAGAGUAAAUUUUUGUUAUUUUCCUGUUUGCUUGUAAUGGAUGAUACUAUGCUUUGAUUAACAAUAUAUUCCAAUCUUCUCUUUUGCCUGAUUAA